UGCGUGAAUGUAAUCAUUCACAGAUAUUAAUUUAAAUAUAUUAUAAGAACAAAGAAAAAAACGUUGAAGUGGCAAAAGAAGCGGGUGAAACGCCGUUUUGGGAUCCUAUAAAAGAGUAUCCUUUUCGUGGAGUUGUUCCUCUCUAUUCCCAUGUGCUCUGCCGCUUUUCUAUCUUCCUCUUCUUCUUCCCUCUCACCACUCAAAAAUUUUCUCGGAAUGUUGUUAGGCUUCGACCCUGCUGCUCUCAGCAAGAAAGUAGCAUCCUCCUCCUCUUUUUCCUGAUUCCAAAAGCGAAAAGCUUUUAUUUUUCUCCACUGUUCCUUUCCUCUCUUCUUCUGCUUUCCGGGAAAAUCUUCGCGCUUCUGUAAUCUCUACCUCGUCGUUUCCAUAGCUCGUCGCUUUCCGUGAAAUUUCUCGUCCUUCGAUAAAACUUUUGCAGAGAAUCACUCUCUCUCUCUCUUCUCGUUCAAGCUUCUUCUCCUUUUCGUUUUCCUUUAUUCUGUCCCCCUCCUUUUUUCCCCCUUCUGAAAAUCUCUCUUUUCGCUUUCAAUGCUUUUCCUCACUCUCUGAUAUGUGUAUAGACAGAGCCACACACACAGAGUUACAGUGACAGUCAGAGUCAGAGACCCUGUUUGGAUAGCGAGAAAAUGGAAACGGAGAAGAAAGUCGUUCUCCGGAGAAUCAAAUCCACAGAGCACAGAAUCGUCAACAGCACCAGAACAGUACCCACGACAUUCGAGUUCAACCCACCCAGAAUCCUACGCAUCUCCGUCACCGAUCCAGACGCUACCGAUUCCUCCAGCGACGAAGACGAAGAACACGAAAACUCCAAACGACGCGCCAAGAAGUUCGUCAGCGAGGUUGUGCUCGAAUCGUUUUCCACGAAGACCGGCGGUGGUGGAGGAGCCAGGAAGAGGCGGAAGACGGCAACAACGGCUGCGGCGGAGAGGAAAUUCCGGGGAGUGAGGCGACGGCCGUGGGGGAAAUGGGCGGCGGAGAUAAGAGAUCCUCUGAGACGUGUACGUCUCUGGUUAGGAACCUACGACACGGCUGAGGAAGCCGCCAUGGUUUACGACAACGCCGCCAUCCAGCUCCAUGGCCCCGACGCGCUCACCAACUUCGCCACUCCGCCGACGCGUACGGCGUCUCCGUUCUCAGUCGAGGAAACCUCCGGGAGAUCAACGGUGGCGGCGGAGAAGACCUCGACCACCGUGACGGAGACGUUCUCAGAGUCUCUGUUCCUAAACGACGACGUUUUCGAUUUCCGGAGCUCGGUCCCCGACUUUUUCGGCGGUAAUAUCUUCAGGGAAGACCUCUUCUCAGAUACGAGUACGGGUUUGGAUCUCGGGUUCGGAUCCGGAUUCGGAUUCUCCAGCUGUCACGUGGAGGACGUGGAGGUGGAGGACCGUUUUCAAGACAUUGGGGAUUUAUUCGGGUCGGAUCCUCUCCUCGCGGUUUAA